AUGAGGCUCUCGUUGCCUUUCACCCUAAUUUUUACCAUCAUUCAAUGCUUUUCAUUAUGUAAAGCUCAGCAUUUCUCAGUGCAACCACCGCAAAACGCGUUUUUCCUUUUCUCUCCAGUGGCCGCAAACUCCACAGAGAACCGUUUGUAUUUACAUGAUGAUUGUCCGGCGGACAGCGAACAAUUCGUUUCCAUAGCCUAUGGAGGACAGAAAACUCCCACAAAACUCCAGUCAACCCUGCACAAUGUGAACUGUGCAGUGACGGUGCGAGUCGUGCAAGACACCAUUAGAUUGGAUCGACCCUUCAUCGAUGUGGUGGCUCAAUCGGAUGGCGCCUCUUUAUCCUCUUUGCGACGAAGGCUCUGCGUUUCAGUGCGUGUCAGCAGUCCAUCUGGUGGAACAGUCACAGCUCAUUGCGAGCUUAGUCCUUUCGAAGAAAGCCGGCACUCAUGUCUUGUAAGAAUUCAGGUCCCGUUUUCUUGGUUUGGUCUUAUUGGAAUAAAUGCAACAAAACAGAUCCUCUCACUGAGCCACGUAACAGCCACCCAUUGUGAUGCACUUUUUUUCGAUCGACCUCAGGUGCCCAUCACGUUGAUCCCUUUUGUUGAAACCGCUCAGGCGCACAUUUUACAUAAAGAAAAUGGCAUGGAAUUAUCGCUGUUGUCGAGAUCAAAUCUCUCCUUUUCGCUCAAUUCGCUCAAUGCCCUUUUCGUGCAUUUAUCUUACAAUCUCACCAAUGAAAAAAACAAAGAAUUGGAGGAAAUCGAGCUAAAAGCUUGGUUGGAUUCUCGAUUCGAAGUUGUGAACGCAGCUUCUUUAUCGCCAUCUUCGUGGACGGUUCGGCCACUCACCGCCGCUCGUCCCGGAACCUAUGUCUCAUUCAUCUGUACUCGUGUCAAUCGAAAUUCGAGCUUUGACGGUCACCUUCUCGCGUUACUCUUAAAGUUGCGUGGAGUGGUUAUCAACGAUCCGGCGCGGCACAGUGAAAGUGUUCUUGAUGGGGACAAUGCAUCGCUUCAUUGGGAGGUACGACGGAAGAUUCGAUCAGAGACAGCUACGAAUAUUUCUCGAAUUGAUGCCCAUCGAGUCGCCACACCGUUUCGUGUAGCUCCGGAUUCGGUUUACUCAAUUGUUGCAAUAACAAAAUCAAACUCGUUGAUAAAUGUAGCGGUACUUUCGGCAACACAGUACUCGCUUCCAAUGCGAAUCAUCUCAGUGACGUUGGGUGGCUCAACCCGAGAUGUAACUGCUCUUUCACAUUGUAUAAGCAGUGAAGUAAAAGUUCUCAAGACGAGUCCCACUUGCUCAUCGGUGUAUGUUGAUGGAUCGGAGCUUCGAGGAAUGCCAGCAGCACGCGUCCAUGUUCACUAUGAGCAAUGGACUACCCAAGUCGCGUUUACUGUUUGGUUCCCGCGUCUGCCAGUUACGAUCUGGCUAAGUAAUCCUGUAUUGCAUGGAAUCACAAAUUGGCCGGUGGCUGUAUGGAAACAAUUGGAAUCCGCCGGAGCUGCAAGACAAUUCGGAUGCACGGAAAGAUUUCAACAUUCUGAGAUAAAAGUACUAGCUUCGUUUCAAGUUGGUGAUGAACGAACAGGAGAAAGAUUAUACUUGGCUGGAAGAAGGGAGAUGCUGUUUGAUGUGACGACACUUGCUGCGUCUAGAGUGCAUUCCGUUGAAAGAUCGGUGGCUGUAAUCAAAAUUGUUGAUGGUCGUUUAUUAGCCUACGCUCAAGACAAAGGCACUUCCAGAAUUGUUCUCAAAUCCUCGGCACCUCAAAUCGAUUACGGUUCAAGUGUGCUCACAGUUUCUCCUAAAAAAGUGACGAUCGUCAAGUUAUCAGCGAUGCCAAUCGUUGCCAUCGAGCCUCGCGUGAUACCGAUUUCGGGUCAACCCGGGCAAUACUUUGUUCAAACAAAUAUUCAAACCGCUUUCACGCAUAAAUAUCAGCAUGGAAGCCUCUCGUUGUUUAUGCUGUAUUCAGACGAACAAAUGGAAUCUCUGUUGGAUGUACCAUUGAAUGAAUACAGCCUUGCUGUUCAUUCAACUGAGGAGCAUUCACUUGCCAUCGCUCAUCGCCAGACUUCUUCCGUUGAUAUGAUUGCAUUGGAUGAUAUUACUGACGCAUCUGUGCGCAUUUUGGUAAGACCACCUGCACAGUGUCGUGAUCCCGAUGGAAAUGCGCUUGCCGAGACCGAGAUCCCGAUUGGACUCACUUUUUCUGUUGAUAGUCACCGAAACUCUGGAAUUUAUACAUCAAACACAACAAUGCCAACAACCACUCCAAGUCACACGAGUCCAUGGAGAGUGGAUACAGUGGCCGCGAUUGUCAUUAUUACAUUGCUUUUGGUUCUACUUUGUCGACUUGUCAGUCGUCGCGCAAGAGCUUUCAACGGGUAUGAAAAGCUGGUGGUGCCACUUUUGUCACGGCUUUCAUCGAGUUCGUCGGGCGGACGCGAUGCCGAGGAGACAAAAGAAUGGGUGUGGAUUGGAAGGCCCACAAAUCGACAAUUCACUUAUCGGCAUGAUAUCCCGAGUGCGGCAAGCAGUUCAGAGGGUGAUUUCAGUGCUAAAGGACAACCAAUUCACUCAUUCUCUCGACGAACCGCCCUCUCGUCAACCUCUUUUGAUGAGCCGAUUCCUUCAAAUAAAUCUUAUCGAGGCUCAGAAAUCAGUGUCUUCAUUUCUCCACAACCAAGCGUUUCGGUGCACGCGAAUAGCAUUGAUGGUGGAAGUUGGCGACAAGAAAGAAUAACGAUGACAAGAAAUCUUCUUCAUGAUAGCACCAGUGAAACAAAUGUGAACACUGGUUAUGAAUGGGGAACACGACGAAGUGCCGGUGAAUGGACACCAGCGAGUCGAUCGUGGGGCAAUCGGAGAAGAGCCACCGACUAUGAGGGACUCCGAGAAACCGUCGCU